AGGAUGGAUGGAUUAGACCGGUCGAAGUAUAAUGUUGAAUAARGGGAUGUGCUUGUUUUCUUUUUGCCAGGGAACUUAAAGAGAAAAGGCUAUCAAGAUGGCUGAAACUAGCGGCGCAUCAGUUGUUCCGAAGAAGGGCCUGACACUCGAUGACCUCAUUGCGGYCAUCGACCGACAUGAAAGGAACCCGAGCAACAUCCCAAAGGUCGAUACUUUCCAUUUCUGUGGGGAGAGAGUUUCAGAAUGGCUAGAGCGGGUGGAACAAGCUUUGGUCGGGCGGUCGGAUGUUGUAAAGUUUCAACGCAUCCUUCAGUAUGUCCUCUACAGCUACCAUCAGGAGGUGAAGAAAGUCAUAGAUGCGGCUCAAGGUAGCUGGGAGAGAUUCAAGGAGGGGAUGCAGAGGAAAUACCGCCUGGGAGACGGAUUGUUGACUACCGUGGACCUUGAAGCGAUGAACAAAGAGGAUUUUACGAAGAGGGCGCGGAAGGUCCAUGGGAUUCCAGAGGAAGCACAGUGCGCCAUCUUCUUGGGGCUACUCACGGCAUCGAAGGCCGUCGAGUUGACGAGACAUGGAGGAGGUAGCACUAAGCUCACCUGGACCACCAUUGAUAGAGGGGUGGAAGUGGGAUGUUUGGACCAGGUGGAACAACGUCAGGUACGCCUGCAAAGACAAAAGAGAAAGGAAAGAGAUGCGACCGCUUCUGGGACCCCGGGAGUAACAAGGAUUGUUACAGACGUAUUGGCACAGUUAGGGUAUGCGACAGAGCCGGUGGUGCAAAGGAGGGUGGUGACGGCUGUUAAAGUAAAAGGAAAGGAGCCAGUGAUAGAGGAGGCUGUUCAGGAGGAGCUCUGGGAAGAGGAAGAGCCGGUGCCGCAGCAGCUGACAAAGGUCCAGCGCAAAGUGCGUAAUUUGGCGCAGGGCGGACAGGGAUCAGGAAAAGCGCAGGCACCUCAGACCCAGGUAGCAGCCCCUUUAAAUGUGGCGGCUCCAUCAUUUAGUACGGGCCCCUCGCAAGGUUUGGCGCCCUCCUACGGACAGUGGCCCUGGCCGGUGAUCAAUGCGAUUGUGCCGUGGGGAAGUCCGCCGCCAGUAGCCGGACCGCAAACGAGUAUGCCGCCACCCAUCUACUCAGCGGCCCAGGCCCAACCUGUGGCCCCGCCACCGUCACCUGAUCCCAGCUCACAGGGCAGUGUUGUAGGAGGAGGGAAUCAGGGGCAAGGCAAUCAAGACAACGGAGGUAGGGGUGGAGGAAGGGGUCGAGAGGACGAGGAGGCAUAUUACGAGAGGGAACGAGGGUUGAUUCGACGAAUGAGGAAAAAUGCUUUAGCAAGACCAUGUCGUAUCAAUGAAGGGAAUGAAAAAGAGUUGAUCAUAGGGGAGUCUGAUUUCCUACUGCCCCAGGAGCGAACGUUGAUGGUGGAAUUAAUGAAGAGGAAGCAUCGMGCUUACGCAUUUAGUGACGAAGAGUGUGGCAGGCUCGAUGUAAACAAGAUACCUAUGAUCCGCAUACACACAGUGYCACACGAGCCUUGGAACAUGAGAGGGGCGCGAUAUCCCAAUCCUGACGAGGAAAGGAAGGUGGUGGAUUAUCUCGACGGCAAGAUACGUACUCACGUCGCCGACUAUUCAAGUGGACCGUAUGCAUCCCCGUGGUUCUGCUUUAUUAAGCCUAACGGGACGCUGCGGUGGGUGCAGGAUUUGCAAAGAUUGAAUGCAGUGACCGUGCGAGAUGCUGGAGGGCUGCCAAAUGCAGACGCGCUGUCGGAAUCCUGUGCUGGAAGGCCUAUAAUUUUGCUUAUAGACCUUCACUCAGGAUACGAUCAGUUCCCAGUCUACCCGCCGGAUAGGCCGGUGACGGCUAUGCAUACGCCGCGAGGAUUAAUCCACAUGAACGUGGCCCCUCAAGGGUGGACCAAUGCGGUAGCAAUGGUCCAACGGGCCAUGAUUCGGGCUAUGCAGUCUGUCAGUCCCCAUAUCACAAAGCCAUACAUUGAUGAUUUGGCAGUGAAGGGGCCGGCGGUGAAAGAGAGCGACGAAGUCUCACCGGGGGUAAGGCGCUUUGUCUGUAAACACAUCCAGGACCUCGAAAAGGUCCUGAGCCUGCUCGAAGAGCAUAACCUCACGGCGAGCGGGGCCAAAUCCAGACACUGCAUGAGAAAAGCGACUAUCUUGGGAUUCGUCUGCAGUGAGAAAGGCCGAAGGCCGGAUGUGAAGAAGACGGACAARAUUAUUGAGUGGCCAGUUCCGUUCCACUCAAUAACUGAUGUCAAGAGCUUCCUUGGUACGUGUGGAUUUUGGAGGGCCUUCGUCAARAACUUUGCCGCUAAGACUGAACACUUGAGGAAGUUAGUCCGUCAGGAUCAGGAGUGGGUAUGGGGUGAAGAGCAAGAAGAGGUGGCGGCAAAAAUGAAGGAAGAAUUUCGAGAAGGAGGGUUGGUGUUAGGAGCGCCAGAUUAUGACGCCACAGAGACGCGACCCUUCAUUGUCGAAACGGAUGCGGGACCGACUGCCUUAGGGGGAGUUCUAAUUCAGGGAGACAUGGAAGGAAAGGAAAGACCCUUGCGAUUUGAGAGUCGGACUCUCUGUACAACGGAGAGGAACUACUCUCAGUUCAAGAGGAAGACCCUUGCUGUCCUCCACUGUCUGCGAAUUUUCCGGAACUAUAUCUUCGGCAGGAGGUUUAUUUUGAGAGUGGAUCCGACCGCCCUGGCCUACUCUCUAAGGAAUUACGUUCCAUCGGAUCCAACGGUUGCCAGAUGGCUGACAUACAUCUGGAUGUUCAAUUUUGAGUUAGAACGGAUUCCUGACAGCAAGAACCGGGCAGACGGGCUGAGUCGGAUCAACUGGGAUAGACAGGAAGGGGAGGCGGUGGAGAAUACGCCCCCAGUUGAUAGAUUUCUGGAUCAGGAAGAAGAUGUUCGUCUUCAUAUCAAUAAGUGGUCGCCGCGAGUGCCCAGCUGUGUAGGCUAUCCUAUUUGGCAAGCGCCGACUGGGUAUGAAAGGAGGAAUGAGUUAGUCCUUAAGCCCUUUGAGGAAGAGGAUCCCUGGGGCGGUAAGGAUGUUCAGUGGAUGAUGGAAUUAGCGUUGGCCAGUUCGCAUAGCGUGGUGGAGGAUAUGAGAACGAUUGAGGAAGGACCUAGCCAGGUAGAACGGCAUGAGGACCUGAUGGGAGGAAUGUAUCUUCUCGUCAAUACGUUAUUGCAGGAAAGCCUAGACCAAGUAGGAUUGUUAAACCCGGCAGGGAAUGUGAGCGAAGUGCCCGAGAGCCAGGACGACGAGUUCGAGGAAGGGGAGAUAAAGGAGGCGUUUCGCGUAGAGGAGUACGACGGGAUCUACCCAGAGUUGGGGCUUCUUCUGUCAUGUGAAAUGCGGCUUAGGGAUGCAAGCGAUAGAGCUCAGAGGAUGCUGAAGCGCUAUCUAGUGCGAGACGGCCACCUUUUCGUGAGAAGAGAAGUGGGAAAUCCUAGGAGAGUCGUCUGUGGUAGGAAUCGUCAGAUCGACGUCAUAGUUGCGCUUCAUGAUGGCAUUGCGGGAGGGCACCGAGGGAUACAAGCUACGUAUGCCAAGAUAAGUGAGCUCUACUACUGGGACGGAAUGAUAGAUAUGGUCGGGAAGUUCUGCCGAUCUUGUACUGAACACUUGAGGAAGUUAGUCCGUCAGGAUCAGGAGUGGGUAUGGGGUGAAGAGCAAGAAGAGGUGGCGGCAAAAAUGAAGGAAGAAUUUCGAGAAGGAGGGUUGGUGUUAGGAGCGCCAGAUUAUGACGCCACAGAGACGCGACCCUUCAUUGUCGAAACGGAUGCGGGACCGACUGCCUUAGGGGGAGUUCUAAUUCAGGGAGACAUGGAAGGAAAGGAAAGACCCUUGCGAUUUGAGAGUCGGACUCUCUGUACAACGGAGAGGAACUACUCUCAGUUCAAGAGGAAGACCCUUGCUGUCCUCCACUGUCUGCGAAUUUUCCGGAACUAUAUCUUCGGCAGGAGGUUUAUUUUGAGAGUGGAUCCGACCGCCCUGGCCUACUCUCUAAGGAAUUACGUUCCAUCGGAUCCAACGGUUGCCAGAUGGCUGACAUACAUCUGGAUGUUCAAUUUUGAGUUAGAACGGAUUCCUGACAGCAAGAACCGGGCAGACGGGCUGAGUCGGAUCAACUGGGAUAGACAGGAAGGGGAGGCGGUGGAGAAUACGCCCCCAGUUGAUAGAUUUCUGGAUCAGGAAGAAGAUGUUCGUCUUCAUAUCAAUAAGUGGUCGCCGCGAGUGCCCAGCUGUGUAGGCUAUCCUAUUUGGCAAGCGCCGACUGGGUAUGAAAGGAGGAAUGAGUUAGUCCUUAAGCCCUUUGAGGAAGAGGAUCCCUGGGGCGGUAAGGAUGUUCAGUGGAUGAUGGAAUUAGCGUUGGCCAGUUCGCAUAGCGUGGUGGAGGAUAUGAGAACGAUUGAGGAAGGACCUAGCCAGGUAGAACGGCAUGAGGACCUGAUGGGAGGAAUGUAUCUUCUCGUCAAUACGUUAUUGCAGGAAAGCCUAGACCAAGUAGGAUUGUUAAACCCGGCAGGGAAUGUGAGCGAAGUGCCCGAGAGCCAGGACGACGAGUUCGAGGAAGGGGAGAUAAAGGAGGCGUUUCGCGUAGAGGAGUACGACGGGAUCUACCCAGAGUUGGGGCUUCUUCUGUCAUGUGAAAUGCGGCUUAGGGAUGCAAGCGAUAGAGCUCAGAGGAUGCUGAAGCGCUAUCUAGUGCGAGACGGCCACCUUUUCGUGAGAAGAGAAGUGGGAAAUCCUAGGAGAGUCGUCUGUGGUAGGAAUCGUCAGAUCGACGUCAUAGUUGCGCUUCAUGAUGGCAUUGCGGGAGGGCACCGAGGGAUACAAGCUACGUAUGCCAAGAUAAGUGAGCUCUACUACUGGGACGGAAUGAUAGAUAUGGUCGGGAAGUUCUGCCGAUCUUGUGUACCUUGCCAGGAAAGGUCCCGUUUAAGACAAGGAGAGCCGCUGCAUCCAAGGCUAGAGCGAGAGGUGGGGGUCGUAGUGCAUCUCGAUCUGCUUUUUAUGCCGUUUGGGGAUCAGGGCUAUAACUAYAUCUUCGAUGCGCGCGAUAACCUGUCUGGGUUCGUAGACGGGCGUGCUAUUCGCACGAAGACCGGGUCAGUCUUAGUGAACUGCAUCGAGGAGUAUUACUUGCGCUAUCCUUUCGUCAGGGAAUUCGUAAUGGACAGGGGAUCGAAGUUUACUUGCCAGGAAGUACAAGAACUUUUAUCAAGGUAUGGUGUGGCAGCCAACUACACCACGGCCGCGCACCCCCAGGCAAAUGCUCCCGUGGAACGAGGACAUAGUACCAUUACGAAUCUCCUGGCUAAAUGGACAGAAGGUAGGCCUAAUCAGUGGCCAAAAUACCUAAGGGCGGCUUUCUUUGUCGAGAAUAUUACGGUAAAAAGAUCCACCAAGUACGCACCGGCGACACUGUGGUACGGAAGGCACGCCACCUUCCCUAUCGAAAGCUUUCUUAAGACAUGGAGGCGCCAGGAUCUGAAAGUUAACCUGUCAUUCGAAGAUUUGCUCAAUAUUCGGGCGCGGCAGAUAGGGGCGAUAGAAGAAAGGAUCCAGGAGGCGUCUGACCAGGUGGCGAGAAGCCGUAUAGACGAUAAGGCUCAGUGGGAUCAAUCUGCGCAGGUGAGGAAAAUACCCUUGGCAGUUGGAGAUGUCAUGCUUCUCUACGAUUCAUCACUGGAGAAGCAAUGGUCCAGGAAACUCGAUAAGAGAUGGUUAGGUCCCUACAGGAUCGCACGGGUCGGAGACUUCGGAGCGUACCAGAUCGAGGAAGUAAAUGGGACUGAGUGGAAGGAUUGGGUAUCUUGAACGCGGCUGAAGAAGUUUGUGGCGAGAGAAGAGGUCUGACUUUACAAAGACAGCCAUGCGAAGAGGAGGGAAGGGGACACGGCCGCCUUAGACGCCG